AGAAAAUAUAAGUGACAACAUAUACACAAUAAAUCAUAGGAUGAAGGCCAUUUUUAUUGCAUUCUUACUUUUGGCAUUCAUGGCCUUCCUACUCUCUUCAACUACUCUAGCAGCUCCAGAAGUUCAACCAAUCAAAAGUGAUGAGGGAGGGUAUAGAAGAGGAGCAAGACCUGGAGAAGCACCUCCACCUCCUCGUCCCAAUCAUAUUGGUGUUCGUCCUAAUCCAUAUGGAAGAGGAGGAACACACCAUCCACCACCUCCUAAUCCUCCUGUCUCUAUUGCUAAUCGCUAUGUUUAUGGAACAGCACCUCCUAAUCCUAUGGCCAAUACUCCAUAUAGAGGAUGCAUUAAUAAUCCAUACACGCGUGGUUGCUCGCCACCUAAUAAUUAAGCCUUAAUUAAUAAUUGAUCGAGGUCGUCUAAGAACAAACAAUAAUUCAUAUUUGUUAAUGUCAUAAGUGUGAGGAGUGUAUGAAGAUAGUUUCAUAUCAAAGAAAGCAAAGAAAAGUGAAAAAUUUAUAAAAUGAAAAAUUCAUUAACUUAUUACCUUUAAGGUUUUGAGUUGAAUGUGGUGUCUUAUUAUCUUAUGUUCUAUUAUUUGAUUCCUUCUCAAAAUCUCCUAAAUAGUAUCUUAUCAUCGUAUAUGUAAAAUUAGUUAAAUUUUUUAAAUUAUUUUAAAAAAAAAUAUUAUUAACUUCGUAUAAAAAUAAGUGUACGGUCAGUUUUGAUGAUGUCCAAAUGCAUAAUAUGAACUCCUUGUUCUAUAUUGUAUGCACGUACCAACCAGUGUGUAUGCUUUUAUUUUACUAGCCAGUAGAAUAAGCGAUCUCAAUGUACGUUUCAAUUUCUAUGUACGUUUUUAGUUUGUAGGUGUGCGUGUUAGUUUUGAGUUUGUAAUAGUGCUUAUUGUGAAAUUAAAUUAUAUGGUUUGAGCUUUAA